UCCUCCUGCAGAAGCUCUGCUCGGGGCUGAAGACACUUCCCUGCCCGUGUGUGCAUAAAGCUCGACUUUCCCUUCUCUCGCCGCAGCGCCGUUGCACCUUCCCCGCCUCCUCCUCCUCCUCCUCUCGGGGCGGGCGGGCUCGCACCCCUUCUCGGCCGCUGUCCCCGCCAGCAGCCCGCCGAGGAUGCGGCUCUCGCUGCUGAGCCCGUUGCUUCUGCUCUCCUUCAGCUGCAGCCCCGGCGCCGCGGACCUCCUUGUGGCCCGAGCCAAGUGCCCGACCCGCUGCGAUGUCUCCAAGUGCCCCAGCCCUAGCUGCCCCAGCGGCUACGUCCCCGACCGCUGCAACUGCUGCCUCAUCUGCGCCGCUGGCGAGGGGGACUCUUGCGGCCGCAAAGAGGACCCGCCUUGCGGGGACAGCCUCGACUGCCGCUACCCCAUGGGCAAGCGCUUCGCCAAGGGGGUCUGCCAGUGCAAGCUCAGCGCCCAGGUGUGCGGCAGCGACGGCCGGACCUACGACAACAUCUGCCAGCUGAAGGCGGUGAGCCGCAAGGCGCUGCAGCACGGCCUGCCCGCCGUUGCUCAGGUCCAGAAAGGAGCCUGUGAAUCGGGUCACCUACAGUCCAGCAGCCCAAGGUACAAGUUCAACUUCAUAGCAGAUGUGGUGGAAAAGAUUGCACCUGCAGUUGUACACAUUGAACUUUUCCUCAGGCACCCUCUCUUUGGCCGAAAUGUGCCUCUCUCCAGUGGAUCUGGCUUUAUUAUGUCUGACUCUGGUUUAAUUGUGACCAAUGCCCACGUGGUGUCAAGCACCAAUGCUAUAUCAGGGAGACAGCAACUGAAAGUGCAGCUACAGAAUGGAGACACCUAUGAAGCAACCAUCAGAGACAUCGACAAGAAAUCUGACAUUGCAACGAUAAAGAUUCACCCCAAGAAAAAGCUACCAGUAUUGCUACUGGGACACUCUGCUGAUCUGAGGCCAGGAGAAUUUGUGGUGGCAAUUGGGAGUCCAUUUGCCUUGCAGAACACUGUGACCACGGGGAUUGUCAGCACCGCUCAGCGGGAUGGCAAAGAGCUGGGCCUGCGGGACUCGGAUAUGGAUUACAUCCAGACAGAUGCUAUCAUCAAUUAUGGCAACUCUGGAGGACCUCUAGUUAAUCUGGAUGGUGAAGUGAUUGGGAUUAACACCUUGAAGGUCACAGCUGGAAUUUCUUUCGCUAUCCCUUCAGACCGCAUCACUCAGUUCCUCACAGAGUCUCUUGACAAACAAAGUAAAGAUGGGAAGAAGCGUUUCAUUGGCAUCAGGAUGCUGACCAUAACACCCGCCUUGGUGGAAGAACUGAAGCACAGCAAUGCUGAUUUCCCUGAUGUCAGAAGUGGCAUUUAUGUCCAUGAAGUUGUUCCAAACUCACCUUCUCAUCGAGGAGGGAUCCAAGAUGGAGACAUCAUUGUGAAAGUCAACGGGCGGCCCUUGGUGACCUCCAGUGACCUGCAGGAGGCUGUGAUGAACGAGUCACCUCUACUACUUGAAGUUCGAAGAGGAAAUGAUGACUUACUAUUUAAUAUUGAGCCUGAAGUUGUCAUGUAAAUAGGAGUGAGGAAGCUCUCACCAUAAUUAAACUCACUUACCCUGGAACACUAGAUACCUCCUUUACAGCUGCAGUCCUUUCCCUUCCUCUUGACUAAUGACAAGGUGGACUAACUUAACUGCCUGAGCCAUUUCUGUACAUAGUAGCUGAGGUGAAUUCAGUUGUGCUCCUUCUAGAAGAUUUCACCUGUCAAAGAACUGUGUUCUGGGGAGGAGGAAAACAAAUUUUGGGUAGCAGGUAAAAAAAGGGGGGGCCACUUCCUGCAGGUUCAGAGCAGAUCCAGUUCUGCAUUUGGGUAGACCAAAAUCCUGCUGGAAGUGAGAAGCAUGCCAAGAGGGGUAAUGGUUCUUGAGCUCCAAGA